AGCAGCCUAACGCUAAAUAACACUCAAUGGCUCGCAAUUCGAAUCUCAAUUCCAUCUUGCGCCGCUUUUGAAUAUCGCAGCUUCUCUCCCUUUCUUUCUAGAUUUUCCCUUUUCCCUUCCAUGAUCCACAGAUGCAGCUUUGAUCGCUUUUCAACUUCACUCCCUUAGCCCUUGCAUUAGCAGUCCACCAGAAAAAAGAGGGGAUGAUGAUAUUAUGUGGGGCGGCCGCGGGGGUUAAAUCUUUUGAUGAAACAGAGUAAAAGACGAAAGGAACAUGCUGACGAUGAGGAAAAGACUGGCAUGCUGUACGCGCGACAGGGAGUUUAGCCUCGAUUUUGAUGAGCAAGAAGAUAGGAUAAUGACGUAUAAUGGUCUCAAGAGCUGCAUUCUCAACAAUCAGUCUUACGAGAAUGAAAGUAGAACAAGCCAAGGAGAUGGAUGUGCAUCUGAUUCCAUGGAUGAUGAUUUCUCAAGCUGUUCUUCUAGCAAAGAUGCAUUUGGAUCAUUUUCUUCCAAGUGGAUGAAGAGAGAUGAACAGGGUUUGGAUGAAUUGGAUCUCUCGGAAAGCCCCAAGCAUUUUUAUGUCAAAGAGAAACCUGCUUAUCCCAUACAAUUUUCAGAUGUUGAGAUAAUGAAAGAAAAUUUUGCAAAGCUUCUAUUGGGGGAAGAUAUUACAGGUGGACGGAAGGGAGUCUCCACGGCUUUAGCUUUAUCAAAUGCCAUAAUAAAUCUUGCUGGUAAGUUUUUUUUGGGGGAGUUGUGGAAACUGGAGCCACUAGCUGAAGAAAGGAAAAAUAAAUGGCGAAGAGAAAUGGACUGGUUACUCUCUCCUACCAACUAUAUGGUGGAGUUAGUGCCUGCUAAGCAAAAUGGUGCAAAUGGCGGGACUAUGGAGAUAAUGACACCAAAAGCCCGUGCAGACAUUCACAUGAAUCUCCCAGCACUUCAGAAGUUGGACUCUAUGCUUAUUGAAACCUUGGAGUCAAUGGUGAAUACCGAGUUUUGUUAUGCAGAAGUUGAAAGCAAAGCCAAAGGAAGAAGCAAGAGGGCAGGGGAGUGCAAGAGGUGGUGGCUUCCAUUGCCACAAGUACCAAAAACUGGGCUCUCUGAUACCGAAAAGAAGAAGUUGCAAUGCAAAGGCAAGGUGGUGUAUCAAGUAUUCAAGGCUGCGAGAUCAAUUAAUGAAAAUGUGUUGCUUGAAAUGCCUAUUCCAUCCAUGAUUAGGGAUGCCCUUCCCAAGUCUGGGAAGGCUAGCCUCGGUGAUGAACUGUACAAGGUUUUGACUCUCGAAUCCAGCUCAGUUGAGGAAAUGUUCGUUUCGCUCAAUUUAAAGUCUGAAAAUAAUGCUCUCGAGGCCAUUAAUAGGUUAGAAGCUGCUGUAUUUGCAUGGAAAGGGAGACUUACAGAACAAGCUAGUGGCAAAUCCCCAGUGCGAAAGUCAUGGUCUUUCAUUAAGGAUCCAUUGUCUGAGAUAGAUAAGAUGGAGCAACUAGUGGACCGAGCCGAAUCACUUUUACAGCACAUAAAGACUGCAUAUCCAAACCUGCCUCAAACUUUUCUUGAUGCCACAAAAAUUCAAUAUGGCAAGGAUGUUGGACAUUUGAUUCUGGAAGCGUAUUCUCGUGUCUUGAAAAAUUUGGCAUUCAGCAUAAUGAGCAGGAUGGGAGAAAUUCUGCAAGAAGAUAGUUUGUGUAACCCUGAUUCGAGUGUUGCAACAUGGUUCUUUCCAGGAAUAAAAGUGGGGAAUCCAAGGCACUCCAUUACUGAUGCAACGAAUAAAGUAGAAGGGAACUACUGCGAAUCUGAUACUGAUAGGGAGUCGAACAGUGAUGCAAGUGUACAUGCAACACCGAGUACAAGUAGGAGUCGUCUAGUCUGGUGUAUGGGUAAAGAGACAUGUAGAAGUGUAGGAAUGUCUCCUUGAUACGUCAGAAGGAUUUAUAAAAGUAUUAUUAUAACACUGCUUUUGUAAAUGAUUAUUAAGUUUUAUUAAUUAAUUAAUUAGUUAAUUAUAGCCUU